UUUCCUGAGUUUGGUGUGAACUGAAGUGUGGCGGCCUGCGGUUUGAACGCAAUAAAUAAAAUGACGACAAAAAUAGCCGGUAGUGCAACUACAGACUCAGUCUACGAAACCUUUGCAAUUUUCGACAGUAUGCUGCCUUUAUAAAAGCAGAAAGUGUUGAUAAAAUUUCUGCAUUCACUUUUGGAUAACAGAUAGCAAUGGUAGGUGGUAUUUACAGAUACACAGUGGCAGAAUAAUAUAAAUUGUCAAAUAUUACAGUUACACUUACCUUUGUUGAUGAUUCUACGGUUUUCCACGUUAGCGCUACCUUUAUGUGCGGGUCAAGCAUUGCAGCCACAUACACAACAAACUAUAUGGGAAACAUUUGCACCGGGCGAACUUUUACGCUUUUUGGAACACUCCACUUACACAAUACCGAUUAAAUAUAACGCAAUAGCACAACGCCGUUCAGAUGAGAAUGCAGCAACACCGGAAAAUACUAUUUAUUCAACACCGAGGGAAAUAUACAAGCGUUCCAACACAUCACCAGCAACAUCAACCGAUAAUACAUACACUGCGGAAGAUCAAGUAAAUGCACCAUCAAGCGCCGAGUUCAAUUAUGACCAAGCUUAUGAAGAUUUUGUACGCGAAUAUUUUGGCGAUAAACUAGCAGAAGACAGCGAUUCAAAUGAGAAGAAUGAAGAAGAAGCACUUGAUGGGGAGGAAAGUGAAGAAGUGGAACAUUUGGAAACGGAACACAAUUCUUCAGCGGAAACGGAACUUUUGACAGGGGAAACGAAAAAACGCACACAACGUAGGACAAAAGAAAAAUGUCGGCACGUCAAAAAGCACAAACAAAAUUGUAUGGUUUGCGAAAAUGCGCGCACUGGCGAAAAAUCUGAAACAUGCUCCUUUUCGCGUGCAAGUGAACCGCAGCGAUAUGCUUUCCAAAAAGAAACCAGCUACAAAAAACAACGUGAUGCUGAAGAGCCCUCCUCGCAAAGCGAAGAACAAACAUCUUCCGAGGAAGCAGAAGUAGCGGAAGCAGAUACAAUUGUCGAAAAAGUUGACAAUAGAGAUUUUGCGGGCAAACGCGACAUCGAGAAGCCGCCAAAAGAUAGUAGCACUUGCAUACAAUUGGUGAAACGGGGAAAGAUUUGUUAUCAGUGCGUGGAUGGUGACGGCACAUCCACCAAAUGUUAUGUGCCCGCGAAAACGAGCACCGACAGCAAUAAUAGGCAGCGUCCGGCCAAAGGUAACGAGCACAAAGUGCAGAAAGCUCAGCAGCGUAUUUACAAACGAACAAUUUCAUAUUCUUUUGAGAAGGGUACCAAUGGCACUAUGGAAAAUGUAACACCAAUUGAAGCGUCGCAGUUGGAAAACACAACUUCCACAAUUAGUACACCACAUUUGAAAGAGAAGAUAUUCAUCAAGGUGAUAAAGCAAAAUGAAACCAUAGCGGAAUAAUGUCCCAACUUCCUUUCCGUAUUCAAAGUGUAUCUGCGGUGUAUAUUAUAUAUGUAUGUAGGUGUGCGCUUGUGCAAACUAUUAUCAUAUAUUUUAUUUUGUAAUAUUACAUACACUUUUUCUGUAAAAGGACACAGCACUUCUUUUGCGUAUUGGCGAAAUAACUUCACUUCAUUACAAAACCGAAUUACUUGCAGAACGAAAUAACACAACACUUUAUACACUAUAAGCACAUAUCACUAUUUACACUAUAAACACUAUAAACACAUACAUAUCACUGUAACACAUUAACUUAUUUUUAUUCACGAACGAUAAUAUUUAAUUUAUUUAUUGUGCGAAAAUUAUUAUUCAUAUAUUUAGCGAAUAAAACUGACGCCGCGAAAACUAACUGUUCACUAAAUGUCAAAUGCAAAUGGUGGGUAAAUGAAACCCGUUGACAGGGUUGAAUGCAGAACGCAUAUACAUACGCAAAAUAUCCUUAUACAUAUGUACGUGUGAACAUUUGCAACUGUAUGUAUGUGCAUGCAUGCCAUUUUUUAAAUUUAUAUGCAAAUAAGACUUUUAAUUUUUCUUAAUGUAGUUCGCAUUUCUUCAAUGCUUUGUUGCUACCGUCGGAAUGUUUAUAUGUAUAUGCAUGUAUAAAUAUCCUUGACUAAGAACUCAUUUCAAAUCUUCUGCACACAAUUAUUUUAACAGCUUUGCGUUUGUAGCAAGAGCUUAUGCACAACUAGUGUAUAACAUCUCUGGUUAACGACAUAAAAACGCCGUUUAAGAAAGGCUGAGGGAAGUUCAAAUUGCUAACGUAUAAUGGUUUUAAUUCAAUUUACGAAACAAG